UUUGUCAAUUCGCCGUUUGUCUGGUUUCUUGUAGUAAUAAUAAUUCCUUGUAGAUAUCCGAACUAAGGUGUGACACUAGGUUAACAUUGAAUGAAGUUGGACACCUAGGUUUUGGGGGAUUUAGCGAAUAUUAUUCCUAAUAUUUACCGGAAAUAUGAAAUAUUUAAUUGCAACGCUCAUCCUCUUUACAUUGCUCGGUGUUUCAUCGGCCUACUACUGCUACGUCUGUGAAAGUGAUGACUAUUUCAACGGAGCAACGUGCACAGACCCAUUCGCAAAGGGGGACUCCGCUUUAGCCAAGAGGCAGUGCUCUGGCGACUGUUUCAAAGAAGUUAUAACUUAUGAAGAUGGUAGGCAAAAGUACCGAAGAGGAUGCGAUGCCUGCUCGGACGAAUGUUCUACAGUAGGAAACACCAGAACCUGCAGAUAUUGCUGCUAUGGGCAACUGUGUAAUAGCGCCACCAGCGUCCGCUUCAACAUUGUUGCCAUGUUACUGACGUCAUGUUUAGCGACUAUUUACUACUUCCUUUGAAAUUGUAAAUGCAUUUUUUUAUAUUUCCAUAAUCACAAAACCAUCAUGCGUUCUCAAUUUCAAGGAUUGAAAAUAAAUCCAGGAUCCCGUAACACAAAGGCUAUUGAUUGAUCGUACGUCUGAUUUUUACGAUUGAUUGUACAUUUUAGUCAAUGCAUUCAAUCGUGAAAAUAUGUUGUAAAAUCACUCCUGUUUCGUGACCCUGAUCUGCAGUGAUCAAUGGUUUGAUUUUAAUCCUGGUUGUAUUAAAAUUUCAAUUUCUUAGCUUUGAAUUCAGAUUCAAAACAGAUAAUUUCAAAUCCGCAAAUUGAAUUUUAAAUCCCAUAUCCUGCCGGUCACUAUAUUCAUAGCAGAUCUUGAUUUACUUUAAAUCCACGAAAUUUAAGCAUGGCUUAAUCACGUCUAUACAGUUUCCUUCAGAGCAUCUCAAAUCGAUUAAGGAAUACAUAAGUAGGGUGUUGACCAUGAUAAGUUACUCUGAAUCCCAUACUUCCCUGCUCUGAGCAGAGCAGUCAGUAAAACAUUUUAUUUAUACCUCAGACAGGUGUGCUUCAAUUUCAUUAUUGAUUGUGUGUGAAAUGUCGGCUACAACCACAAGUUGAUUCGAUUUUAACUUGGAAUUGGAAGUUGGAUUUGAAUUUGAAUUAUGAAUUUGAAAUUGAAUUUGAAUUUCAUAUCGAAACUGAAAUUCAAAUUGAAUUUGAAAUCUUGAUUUUAGUUUGGAUGUGGCUUAAGUUGGAUUUUCAUUUAAAUCCAGAAAUAAAUAAUAUCAUGGAUAUUAUUAUGUUUUCUUUUCACCCCCUGCAUUUCUACAAUGAAUCGUGAAUUAACGUUAAUUGUAAUAUUCGUGACAUUUGUGUUCUUUAAAUAUGCAAUAAUAAGCUAGGUCUAUAUCACGUCUUCCUUGACUUCCUAGCUUGCAUCCUUAAAACUUUGCAAUAUUUUAUAAACGAAACUCUAAAGUUAAAAAAAAGAAAAUUAUCAACGUGCCUUUAUUAAGCUAGAAAAAAUGAUACAUCAAAAUCAUAUGUACCAAGAUUAUGGCCUCAUUUGCUACUAAGAUACUUUUAAUCGGUUAUCUGUGGUAUUUUUCUAUGUAUUUUGGAAUAAACUGUGUACAAAAUCGUGAUCAUAAUAAGGCUAAUUUAUUUGCAACCGACAUUAAAGCAUCAUCUUUGUAA